GGGUGAAAAUCACCCAAACACGAGCCUGUAGGAAAAAGCAGGUUUUGGAUCAGGGAACUAGAUAUGUCUUUAAAGAUGUCAAAGGCAAUGUUGAAGCUACCCAGAGACCAAUGAUACUCAGAAAAACACAACAUAAUGGAAUCACAUAAACAUGUUUGGUCAAGUUAAAAUCACCCGGCGAUAGUGUUCUAGGGUUAAUAGAAUUACUGCUAGGAGCAGGCAAAAUGGAACUAAAUAAACUUUUGAGUUUACUUUUGUGGAAAGCAAUGCAGUAAAUCCCACUUUUACAUGCAUUUCUAUUUGUUGCACUAUUUUGAGUCAAACAUGGCGUGUUUGUUCAAUUUCAACAAUUUGCAUUGACUGACUUUGUAAAGUAACAUUUAAAAUUAACUAUAUUAAAUACACAUACCUCAGUAAAGAGUCUAACAGCUAUUCUGAAUAGAAAAACAUGGAUUAUGGAAAAUACAAUGUAACAUUUUUUUCUUUUUUUUUUUACCCAAAUCAACUGUUUCAAACUUGUAUUUAACCUGCACUGCCAGCGGAUAUGUAGUUUGUUCACUUCAACAGCUGUUUGAGUGAAGUUAAGGGUCAAGUUCCGAUAAAAUUUUUAUAAAAGAGACACUUGAAUCAAGUAAAGUAAAGCUUGUUUUCUUUUAAAUGUCCUGUGUGAUGAGCGGAGGAAACGGACCAUACUGUUGUCAACUUCCUCUCUCACUUUUCUUUUUUAAUGUAAAUCUCCAUUUCAGGCCUACCGACAAACACUUAAGACGGCUUUGUAGUUACAUUCAAACCAAUUACGUUAUUAUGGCUUGUUAUAAUGCGAUUACAGAGCCUGAUCCCGGAGAUUGUCCCUUUAAGAAGAAGUGAGAGUGAGAGGAGGUGGUGCGGUUUCACACCCCGGGGUGGGAAACAUGGGCGGGGCCAGAAACCUCUGAGUGACAGCCGCUCACAGGUUCUAGAACACCCUGAUGCGCGAAGAGCUCGAAACGACCAAUGAGGUUCGGACUCGACCCGCCCAUCAAACCUAAACAGCCAAUCAAAACGAUUGUAAGGCGGACCUUGGAAUCGCUGUUGUGCAUCCAACGUGGGACUACGGAGCGAUCACCCAGGAAAAAAAGAAAAAGUAACUCAAGAAAGGAAAAAACUCAUGGUGGUAGUGCACGGACUUGGAAGGAGGGGGGACUCUAUUUUGCUAUUAAUCGGAUCGUCGAUAUUUUGUGACCACAGACUGCACCUGAUAAGCUGUUGGUGGAGUUCUUCUGGAAAGGACCGUGCGCUUUCCCAAAGUUGGAUUUAUCGAGUUACGGCAGCGAAGUGCAGCGGCGGAGAUUGGACGAUAUGCAGCGCUCGGCUUCACACAGCAACGCCGGAGUUUUCGGGCUCUAACCCUGCGGGGUUUUCUACUUAUUCGCUUCGACUUCAAGUUUGUAGGGAACGUUUUAUAACUGCGUAAUAACUCACUGUAACUGUUUGGCAAAGUUUUCAACAGUUCCCCCGGUGUUAAAAGCCACCGGGUGCAGUGUCCUUUAACAAUUUACUGCUGCAUGUUUUCAAACAUGUCACCAAAAAGAAGCUAUCCUGUCCAGAUAAAGCUCAUUUUUUGACUUAAAUAUAAAGUAGGUUCGUUGUAGUCUACUCUUGAUGGUUAAACUGUGAAUCACCUUUGAUUUUUCGAGCCCGCGUCCGACACCAGAGGAGAAAGUUGGACUGGGAACUUCUGUCUCAGUGACUGCAACUGCUAUGGAAAUCGUUUUACUACACCACAGGUUGUACUAGCCCCUGUGCUAAAAAAGAAGACCAUUAAUGUGCCGUCAAAGGCAUCCAGUCUCCUCAAAGCUACAUUAAUAUUCACAGUUUGCGGGUACGAGGAGAGAGAGAGAGAGAGAGAGAGAGCUCAGCGGCCGCGCUAUUAAAACUGGAUACAAAAUGGCGGCGUCCCUGGGACGAUUUGGAUAUGUUUAUGGUUUUGUUUUUUAUUUAUUUUUAUCGCUCGAACUGUUUAUCACUUAUGGAUUGAGUUCAGACUCACCGUGUGCCCUGAACUGUACCUGCAGCGGAGAUUCAGUGGACUGUAGUGGCGUGGAGCUGACAGCUACGCCUCUGGACCUUCCAGUCCGGACCGUCUCCUUGUAAGUAAAGUGCUCACUUUGCCCUUGCCUAUUUAUUGACCAGCCCAAAACAGGAGAAGAGAGUUUAAAAGUAGAGAAAAGUUCACUUAAACAGAGAAACUUUUUUCUCCUUUUUAACAGUAACCCAAACAGUGUGCAGGCGUGUAGCUCUGAGUUGUUUGUUGUUCCUCCGCCUGAUGAGAUUUUUGUGGUUCUGCACUUGAAUUGCAUAAUAUUGUCUAUUAACUGUAGCGAGAGACAGGCGAAGCUGCUCCAUUAGUUAAGUCUAUUUUCCUCUUCAUAAUAACUCUCAGCAAGUUUCAUGUGUACAUGAAAACCGACCCCCUUUUACUGAUGUUAUGUCCUCUCUGCAAAGACGGUUCUGCCAAGUCACGAAUACGGUUCCCCCUUUUCCUCUUAACAACUAAAAACAGGUUUGUGUUGAAAUAUUAAGUUUGACAUCAGGAUAAGUUCAGUAGUUUUAUUACCUGUGGGUAAGUUUAAUGUAUUAUAAGGGUUUCUUUUGAGAAGUGGCUCAGUGACAGAAAUGUAACAGGUGUCAUUGAAACAGAUCAAUCCUUUCAUGCCUUUAGGUUGUAUUCAAUGGAAAAAUGCCUGGAGGGACAUUUAUAUAUUAAAGUAUAAUAAAAGAUGUGUGUAUUUGCUCUGAGAAAGUCCCAGUAGUUGCCAGCAGAUCUUUAGUGUCUCUAAAUUUGAUUCAUUUAUACAGACACGUUUAAGUAAUUUUAUCUCUAACCUCAAAAUUACGUUAAAUCUGGUAAUUUUUAUUAUGCCAGGCUGUGUAUUUUUAGUUUUAAAAUAAUUGCAUUUCUUUUUCUUACACAUAAAUAGCACAUUUAUCUAAAAAUGUUCUCACCUUUUUCAGGUUAGAGUGAACAAACUGUGUCUUCAGGGGGAUAAAACAAAAAGAGCCAAACAUGUCAUAACAGAUAAUCCUCUCCUUUAUUCAGUCAGAUUUAUGACAGGUAUUACCCAAAUUCCAUUUUCUUGUUGCCAGCCACAGUUGACAAAUUGCGUUUCUUGGAAAUUAAGCAGUGAUUCCCCAGGAUAAGACUGACAACAAUUGCAGCCCUUGUCUGCCUGCUUGUUUAGGAAAUGAGUCAAUUUGAGGCAUUUUUAUGGAACAUCCCUCAGUGUUUAGGGAACUUUAGCACUUAUCAGGCUAAAUGACACAAUUUAUUUACAGACAACACAGCUCUCUGUCCUCCCAAUCUACAUUUUGGCUCAAACCGCAGUUUACUGCAACCACUGUGUCCAAUGGCAAUUGUGACAAUUAGGCAUCUUAUUACAAAAUUUUCAGCAUGUGUUUGUUUGAGUGUUUCUGAGAAUGUGGGGUUGAAGACCAAAAGACUCGUCAGCUCCCAGGUUCCCGUUUUAGGUGGGUUGUCUUCCCCUGAGAAGUGAGGAAUGCAACUUUAAAAAGUCCUCUAAAAACAUGAAUAACGGCACUUGUGCCCGGGUAGCCUCAUUGCCCUGAAGCACCACUUAGCCAAGUUCAAGUGCAGAGGCUGUUUAUAAUGCAUGCUCUCUGUCACACUGUUUCUCCUGUCCUCGCAGACUAAAAGACAACCGAUAACUACUGUCUGAAACAGCUGCUCUUAAACUUUUAGUUUGUGCAGAAGUUGUCUCAUGGUCCUGCAUGAGCUUUGACUCGCUUCAACUCUACUCCUCUUAUCUCAGCCAAACCUUAUCGGCAGAGAUUUAAGCAGCCGCAAUCUGGCUGUUUUCAAAGGGAAUGGCUUUAUGGCUCUGAAUUAUCUAUUUAAACACCUUGGUUGCAUAGUUCCACAUGACUUGAGAUAGUCACAUUAUGUUGGCAGCUAACUCAAAGAGAACCAGCUCUUUUCCUCUGGGAUCUGUAAACGAGUCAGAUUAGCUGAUGAUUACUGUAAACCCAAUGAGACAAGUAUGGACAAUUUCACAUGUGGCCCAGUGUGAUCCCAUUACAGGUACCUCAAGCCAAGUCCUGCACACUUAAGUGGACGAAAUGACUUUUUGUGUUCUGGGCUGAAAGUUGUUAUUUUAGUUUUUCAGUGCUGCUGGUAAAGCAAAGGUUACAGAACAGCGACAUAGAAAUCGUCUUAUCCAGUCAGUGUAAUCACAGCGAGCAGAGGAAGAUGGAUGGAGUUUCCUGUCAGAUCUCAAGAUCUCUCAGUUUUCAAAAAGCGCAUCUGGUUUCUUCAAAUCAGUAUGAUACUGAUGGAUUGUUCACUGUCAAAAAUACUCAAGUAAAACAGCAAAGGAAGUGCAGUUGAUAAAUAUAUAAAAGAGUGAGAUAAGACAAGUUCAUUUAUAAUUUUAUAAUAAUAUAUAAUAAUUUUUAAUCCUGAGGAACAACCCUGAUCUGAUGAGUCCUGAUAAAAGUUACAGUUUCAGCAGCUCUCUGAGACAGGCUAGAGCUUGACCAUACAGUCCUCUAACACAAUGAUGAGAGCCUGAUGUUGAUCAGAAGCCAUUGCAAAGACAAGGAAAGAGGAAACAUAACCUUUCUGAUGAUUUCUUCAGCAGGUUAGCACCAGCAUUUUGAACCACUGCUAAGGCAUGAGGAAAGAGAGAGGUACAGUAAUACAGCAGAGGACAGCUCUCCUUCCUCUGUCCUCUACAUAAUGAGACAUAAGACUUUUAGGACCAUCUGAGUAAUCAUAACCACCUGCAGGAUAUGACUGUUGAACAAGUAACCUAGAACACUCAAGGAAACCCGACAUGAUUCAAGCUUACAGUACAUGGAUCAUUCAGAGGCUUUCCUGUCUGUAAAAACUGAAACAGUUCAAACACAGAGCUGAAAUUAAAUGUAGGGUUCCCAAUGUUUUGUAGGAUUGCAGUGUCAUGUUUUUGUGGCACCGAUACAAGCUCUUUCCAGAUAACACCGCAUUCAUUCCUCAAAGGAUAGCAGCUGUAUACCCUCAUACUUUCAUCCCAGGUCGAACUCAAGUGUAUGCUUUUUGGCAGUAAUGCAUUUUUUGCUUUUAACUCUGUAGAAGUUUCUUUUUCUGAUGGAUCUACAAGGAGAAUGAUCCUCUCUUUAUUUGUCUCCUCUGUGAACUCUCUCAGCUGAAGAUGUAUGAAGUGGCAUUAAGUAGGCAGCAGGACUUCUCACCUCCUACUCUCAGUCAGCACUGUUUUCACUGCACUUCCAGAUGUGAUGUAGGAGUCUUGUGGUAAAAGUUUAUUAAUAUUUCAUUUGACUCUAGCGGUGGUGUCGUCACAGCUGGAAAAAAAGGCAAUAAUUAUGUCUUCGAUUUGUGAAAAUAUUCACCUAAUAAUAAGAGAGAGUGUUAAAGUUGAUCUGUAGAAGAAGGUCAUGAAGGAGAUAUUUUAGCACACCUAUUGUUAAAGUAGAAUUCACUGUAGUGUGAUAGGAUCUUAUUACAAUAUCAAUGAAUUCAAAAUAAAGUCAUCUCUGUGCCUGACCUGAAGUUACAGAGCUGCUGUAGCUUCUUUUAACCCUCUGCAGUCCUGAGUGUCUUUGUCACUCGUGUCCUUUGCUGUUUGACUUCAGUGCUUGUGACACUGAACAAUCUGACCGCCAGCCUCGGAGGUUUGUCAUUUUUCUGAUUGAUGAAUAGCUGAAGAAGAUUCAAAGCAAGUUUACCGCCGCACAGUCACAUAUUCCCUCUGAAGAGUGGUGCCUUAUCGUAUUUGCGGCCCUGGUAAUGUGAAUAAAAGGCACUUUUGCCCACAGCACCACAGGCAUAAUGGGAUUUUGCGGGUAAAUAAGAGCAUGAACGUUGCAAAUUUUGGCUGAGAUUACUGUGCUUGGAUAGAGAUCAAGCAGAUACAGAGUGUCUGUUUGCCAGCGCCUCUUUGUCUUUUCAUGCAAGAUUGUAAAAUUCCUUUUACAAUUGUAAAAAGUUUCACUUUCAUGAAGGGAUUUAUUUUGUUUUUGUUCACUUCUUGUUUCGCAAGUUCAACAGAUGCCUGAUUCAGUCGUCUCCUUUUGUGAGCUAACAUUUCUCCAGUGGUUAGCCAAGUUUCCCAUAAUGUUUAGUAUAGAGCAAAUGUUCUGCUACAGCUAAACCCCAAGUCGUAGCCUUCGACCUCACAGCACAGCCUUAUUGGUAAACACCACCCCCAACAGUUGGUUUUGGCUUCUGCCCUCAGGAUAUGGGUUUGUGUUGGUGGUUUCCUGGCAGGAGCUCAGAGCUCAGCUGGCUGCUUGUGGACGGGUCCGCAGAGGGUGGGGCUGUGGAUCACCUGGCCCCGGGGGGAAUACGAGGGGACGUGGGGGGGAGAGACAUUUUCCGCCUGCUGCAUGGAAGUGCUUUGUCAAUGUCACGGUCUGCUGCCGCUGUCGCUGCCGCUGCCUCCAGGCUGGUUCUACUAGUCGGUGAGAGUCCUGUCAGUGGUCAGAAAACCUCAACCACUGUCACACAUGUUUAAACACACUGAGGAGAAGCAGAGGAAAUGAAACGGCACAGCUCUAUCAUGUACUGUCACACACAAUUCCUUUGUUUUUAAGGUUUGUGUUAUUUCAUUUAACAUCUUAAAAGCAAGCAGAAGAACUCUUGGCCGGAGGAGACUUGUGCUUGUGUUUCCAUCAGUGUUUGGUCAGUAAGUCUGAACUGCACAGAGGCUUCUCCUCUUCCUUUAACAGGUGAACAUUUCAGCAGCAGCACUCAGCAGGGCUCAGCUACUUGUGGUUACUGAGGCAUUUCUAGCUGCGCAGCCUUGUAAUCUUGUGGUAUUGGGGGUAAUUACAGUAUGUUUGUUUAUUGUUAUAGUUUCCCCUAUGGUGUCACUUGAAUGUCCUGUUGCAGAUAUUUCCGAGUGUUUGGAAAGCUUUAGGAUGAUAUUAUCACUGGCACUGAUUUUUAUCGGCUGUUUUUCCUCUUAUCACUCAGUUUGGUGUAAAAAAGUAAAGGGACAGGGUAUGUCACUUUCAAUCAGCAGUGUAGUUUUUAUUGGAAGUGAUGCUUUUUUUUUUAUCAGAUUGGGAAGAUUCAUGCAAAACUUUGCACAAAUUAAGCAGGAACAGCUAAGGUUGAGCCCCUGCUCUAAUAAGAGGAGAUAAAGUCUGACAUUAACAUGAAGAUAUGGGAUGAGCUCAUGGCCUCACUCUGGCUUUAAUGACAAUCAAACAGCUGCUGCUGCAAGUCAUUCUGCAGGAAUCCAGUCAGCAGAAUAGAUGGCUCUUUUGUGAAGACACUUCAGGGCGCCAAGUUUUUUCUUUCCUUUUCUUUCUUUCUUUCCUUUUUUUUUUUUUUUUUUUACCUUCUCUCUCUCUCCCCCAAAGUCGGUGUCUACAAAGUGGGCUCGAUCGAUGAAUCAUCUGUGAAUUCUCCACAUCUGUUAAGAGUUUGGAAAUCUGGAGAAGAUGUUUGAAAAAAAAAAAAAAAAAAAAAAGCGUGACUUGGAAGGAGUGGAAGAGGUGCUGUGUGCAAGUGAAGCAGCUUCUCCCAAGAAAUGGAGUGAUCUUUGGAGAAGUGAGUGGAGCUUUGAGUCCACAGAUCAGCCAAAUGUUUUCUCUCUCUCUCUCUCUCUUUAUAUUAGCCUCUUUUCUCUGAUUGAGAUUGGAGACGCUCCUCUGUCUAGACUGCUUCAUUUUUUGCAUAUACACUGAGAUUGUUAAGAAAGUACAGUCCAAUAUUGAGACGCUUGAGGGUAAUUGUUGCAGAAUAAUGCUUUGAAAGUCAAAUAAACAAAGUGUAGAAAAGAACUGACAAACGGUCGCUUUGUAGACUUUGAAGUCGAGAGCAGCGGGUCAAGUCUGCUCGGCCUCAGUACAGAGACAUCCAGAUCUAAUGUUAUUGUUCAGAUUAAUUGUACAGAGUCAUUUCCUUUUACACAUAAUGAAGUAAUCUGGCACCAUUUAUGAUAAAUUACAUUGUUAUCACGCGUUGAAUGCAGAUGUAUGUCACACGCUGUGUUUGGAGAGCGCGUGUUCACACACAGUCACGACUGUUACCGCGCUUUUCAUCUGGAGUGUCCAGGCUGGCGUCAUCAGGCCUGGUCGUGGGUUCAAGCACCGCCCCAGGCUAGUGUGUAGAGCCUUCUCCCUAUUUGUUUGGAGCGCCUCGGCUUCAGCCCCCCGAAACCAGCAGCAGCGUGAAGAAUGGUCCUGCACAUGGCCCCAAGAUGUGGCCCUUCUUCCUGCCUCGGAAAACUUCAGAAACUGAGUCACGCUCCCUCCUAGCCUGGCUGAUUUCAAAGGCUGGAGCUACUCCUUUGUUGAGUUGUGUGUGUUAGGUUGUGUGUGUGUGUUUGAGGAAUCUGUAAUGCAAAUGGUGAAAUAUGCCGAUCCCAUCUGCGCUACAUUUCUCUGAUCCCGCACCUUAGAGCUCCUCUACCUCCCAGGAUCUAACACUCAGUGGUGUUUCGCUCCAAUUCUAGCUUAUCACGCCCAUCAUUAUUAUUGCAGAUCUUGUUGGUCGGCUUUUGCUUUUAACCUUGUCGGUGCUGAUAAGAUAGAAGCUUUGUUCUGCCCGUUUCCUUCCUCUGUUUGGCUUGUGUGUAAAAUGGUGGCCCUGGAGCUGGUGUGAGCUUUGUGUACACUCUCACUGCAGUUGCCUGGCUAUAAACUGGGCCUUAAUGACAGGAAGACUGGUGUGUGUGUGUGUGUGUGUUUGGGUGCGUAUAUGUGUGUGUCCGCCUGGCCCCUCUGACACUCAGGUUAUUAUUUGACUGGUUUUAUGAUGCUCUGAAAUCGACCACAUUAAAGGGCCUUUGUCUCACAGCUCCACUACAGAAGGCUCAUUCCUGACAUCACUUCACACUCCGAGUGGGCAAAGUUCACUCUGCAUUUAUGUGUGAUAAAAACAGGAGAGAUAAUGAUGAUAAAUCUCCAUAUGUGUGGGUCCCUGCCCCCCCUCUGCCUCUCUCCCACACACAGACUGCGUGCUGACUUACAAGCAUAGUGUCAUAUGCGAUGACAUCACUCGCGUACUCCCAGCUUUCCUCUACUCCCACAGCACCCAUAACACAGCUAUUUUUUAAAGCCUUUUAAUGAGUUUUAUAUGUCGGAUCAGCUUCACAGUCCAGCUAUGACGCUCCAGUGCAGGCGCUUAGCCUCAUUUUUCUUCCUGAGACACUUUGCUUAGUCAGACGGGCUUAUUAGAAGUUUAUCACAUUGUCUUUUUUAAGGCUUUUACCGGCAGGCUUACAUCGAAGCUAAUGCCUCCGAUUGCUCACGCAUCCCUACAGUAGUUUGCAGAUUAUCAGAUGAUCUUACAAGCACAGAUGGGAAAAAGAAAAGACAGAUGCUCUCCAGAAGUUACUGAGGCCACAGUUCACAUCUAUCAAACAAACAGCCUGUAAACCCCAUGCCAAGUUAGUAUAUUCAUGGUAAUGGAAGGAGAGGGAAAAGCAAGGGGCCGCACCUCUGAAAUCUUUUAAGAGUAUCUGUAUUUAUUAGGGGUGUCCCGAUACGAUAUUGAUAUUGGAUAUCUGUCCGAUAUCGGCCGAUAUUGAAGGCUACAAUAUCGGUAUCGUAUCGGAAAAAAAAAAGUUGUAUCGGUACACCCCUAGUAUUUAUCCAUCAACAGCGGUAUGUUUCUCGUAACUGCUUCAGAGCAACAGGCGGUUGGUUAUUAGUCUCUGAGAUCAACAGUUGUCUCUCUUAUCGCCCUUUACUUGACAUUUAUUAUUGCCCUGAUACGAUGUUUUUACUUCCAUUAUGAUAUUGUUGCUGUCAGUAUUGGCGAAUAACGAUAUCGAUCCAAUAUUGGCACAUACUUGUGCAUGACAAGUUUUGCACUCAGCUGCAACAUCUUUUUUGAUGUCAGGUGACCGAUAUCGAACCGAUAUCCGAUAUCAAUAUCGGAUUGGGACAUCCCUACCAUUUAUGACCAAGCCUUCCCUGCUUAUACUUCACUGUCUCUCAUUGUGGAUCAUUUUUUUGGUUUGUCAUAUGCAGCGAGGUGUUGAGUGUAGUAUAUUUUGUCUUUGCAAGCGUGCUGAUAGAAAACCAAAAUAUUUUGUUCUGUGCAGUUUAAAAUAAAAGUAAUAAUAAGUAAUAAAAGUAAUGUUUGGUUGUGGUUUAUUGACACUUGUUUGACUUUAUAUAGUUGUAUAGUGCCUUCAGUAUGUUUUCUGCUAAAUGGCUUGUUUGUUUUAGUUCAGUUAAAAUGAAUUCUGUAAAACAACUCGUCAGGCAGCAGUCAUAACAUAGUCAUCAGUUUGUUAUUCUGUCUAAUUUCCUUUUGAGAUCAUGAAUAAUUCAGUUUCAUGUCCUCUGACUGUCACUAAAGGCUCACCCAGCAGCCGUGCAGAAGUCUGAAAAGUUUGCCUUUAGUGUGAAGAUACCUCUUUGGCACAAUCUGCAGUUUUCACUUUGUUGUCGUACCUGAAGAGCUUUUGAGUCGAAUCCUAAAGUCAAACAGUCCUGCCCAUGUAUAUAAAUGAGAUGUAACACAUGACGGAAAGCUGGGUAUGAAGCACGAAGGCAAACGGCUUUGUAGUUGUUUUUCUUUCAUAGUUGAUCACAGUGACAGCUCAGAUUUGAAGUUUACUUCCUCCUCUAUGCCUUGAACUUGUGUAAUUUUGUUUGCCGUUGCUGGUUUCUGUGCAGGAAGUUUGACAUCUUAUCUGGGAGCUUCUCGUUCUCCUCUUUUUUGGCGUGAUCAUUUUUUAAAAAAUCUCCUAAAGACUAAAACUCAAAUGGCUUCUUAGCCUUUUGACCCAGCAAAUUGCACGAUUGUAGGAUCACAGCAUUAACUAAACUAAGCUCUGGAAACGCUCCCCACCCCACCUCCUUCUUCAGGACAGAGAAAGGAGGGCAGAAAAGGGAGGGAACCCAGCGUUAUCUGCAUCACUUUAUACAGUAGGUGUUAAAACGCUGUGAAACUUAUCUGAUCUGAUAGGCAGGAGAAUAAAUCUAGCUGUCUGGGAAGGAGAGAGAAAGGACUCAGUUAUGUAAACAUCAUAGGUGAGGGAGAGGGAGGCACAUGCGUGCUUGCAAACACACACACAAAAGAGACCAGUUUGUUUGUUGCCGUGGCCUUUAGCACCAGUAUGGCAGGUUUGACUCUCAAAUGUUACUUGCUUUGUUCUGUUUCCCUCCAGUCUUUAUUCAGCUUUGACUUUCAUGCCUUUGACCAAGUGAAAUGCAAAUUUCUCUCUGGAGGCUCAGUCGUUGAACUGGUCUGUAUCUGCUUGUAAGUUCAGCCUAGCGUUGAACGUCUUAACCCAUUUCAUGCCAAAAUGGAGGCUGACGAUAACAAAACGCAACCUCUGAGCCAUGCUGGUGUGUGUCAGGUGUGUGUGUGUUACACCCACGCCGGUUGACUAUACGUACCUCCGGGCAGAGUCCGCCCAUAAGAAAGCAGUGUGAUUUUUCACUUAGCUGCUCCAUAACGAGGUAAUUGCCUCCUGUUGCAGGGGACGACAAUUUAAGUGAUGGAGGCCACAAUGGGAGGUACCCUAGUAAAAGGAUUAUAACAUAGACACACAUGCACACCUCCCUGUCAGACCUGUGCCUGGAGGGCAGAAACAUGCUCUGCUAUUAUCUUGUCACAGAUAUACACACACACGGGGUAGAAAGCUUCGGGGAGGGAGACUGUCAUUAUCUGCAAUCAAGCACACAAGACAAGAAAGGGAAAUCUGUCAAGUGAAGCGCUGAUUGAGAUUGAUAGGGAUAAACGGGAUUAAAAAGUUGAGUGUCGAUAAAAUAACAGGCUUUUCGCCAGUUUUUAUGAGCCAAGUCUUCUUCCCUCUCCCUCUAAAUAAUCCAUUCUUUUGCAUCAGAGUUUGCCUCAUCUCCUCCGCCUCGGCGGUCUUUUAAGGCCACGACGGUACAAGAGGAUGAGGAAUGUGUUGCAUCAGGUAAAAAGUGUCCCCAGUCUCUGGGAACAAGCAGCCAUCUCUCAGCGGGCCUGUGAAACAUUCCUGGGCUGUCUCUCACGUCUGGACAGAGGGAUGGAGGGGCGGGAGGCAGGCGGCUCAGGGCUGUGGGCUCCCUUUGUCUCGCCCAGCCCUAACCCUGCCACACAAACACAAACAGCACUCUCACUGCGGCCGUCCCUCUGCCAGAAAGCCGGCUGUGUGCCAGCCAGGCAGGAGGUAUACGUGCAUAUGUGUGUGUGUGUGUGUGUGUGUGUGUGACAGAGAUGACACUUGCUUAUGAGUGAAAUACUUUGAUUUGGCGUGGAAUCAGAAAUUCAGAUGUGUGUGUAUGAUGAACACACACACACGCACGCCUCCUCCUGAGUCUAUAUGACGGGACAAAUCACUCUAAUAAGCCUUUGCACAAGUCAAGUGCCAGCUAUUAAAUACACUGUUGGCCUAAAGUGCAAAUUGACUGCUGCAGAUGAAUAGCCUGUGGGUUAUGUUUGGAAAGUGAGCCAGGCGAGAGAAGCACUCAGUAUCGAUAGUAUUGAUCGAGGCUUCCUUGAAGGCCGGCUGAAUGGAUGUACUGCAGUGUUUUCAGGCAUACUUAAUGUUGACGCGGAGGCUGUUUGUCAAACGGGGGAGAUAAUUGUUGAUAUUGAUCAGGAGAUUUAUUCCAACAACUCUGAAGUGGUAAUGACAAAUGUAAUAAUAAGAGUUGUGAAAAAAAUCGACAUGUGGAUGAUGUUUUUUCGAUUGUUGUUUUUUUUGCUGCUUUGUGGAAAAGUUGUUGAACUCCUUUUUUCUAACUUUUCUUCUUUUUCCUCUUUUUUUUUCAGAAAUCUUGGACACAACAAGCUGACCUCCAUCGACGUUGAAGCUUUGGAAAACCUUCCCAACUUGAGAGAGCUGUAAGUAAUUACUACUAAAACCUUUCAACACUUCAAACGAGCCUCCCUGUCUGUUUCUGAUCAGCGAGCAUCAGUUUAAUCAGUUUUUAUCAAUGACUCAGUUCUGACCAGCUCCCACUUCCUCGUAGCAGCAUCCUCGUAUGUGUCGCCUUGAACUAAGUCCAAUUGAAAAUAAAGUGGUGGUUUUCUAUAUAAAGCCGGCCCUCCACCACCCGAUACUGUGACCAACGCUGGCCUUGUAAAUAUUUUAUACGGUGAGGAGAGGGCUUGGCUCUGUGUCACUCAGCACAAGUGCACAAAACACGCACAUACACAAAGCUAACUGGUGAUACACACACUGGUGACAUCUUUGGCAGGCUGGUCAGCCAGUCAUACGCUCUCUGACAUCUGUUUUACUCCCGUGUUAUUUUUGGUUAUUAAAAAGUAUGACUUGUGACUUGCGUUGCAGCUGAAGUGACAAGUCGGGUUUGAAAUCUUAUGAUUUAUUCGUGUCGGGGCUCAUCUUCUUCUCGCUCAGUGCGGUUUAUCACACGAAACAGACCUGAGAACACAAAGUGAAGCACAACCUUACGUACUGUGAGUGUAGCUUGACAAAAGCUCCAUUUCUGUUCAGAUUGAGAAUAAAAAGAAGUUGAAUCUUUUCUUUGUUUCUACAUGUGUGUCUAAUAAAAUCCAGUCUGUGCUAAUUCUUUCAGUUUUGAUGGUUACAAUAAAUAAAAAAAAAACCUUGGCGUCAGAACAACAUUUUAGCUCACUUCUGUAGAGUUUCCCUCUCUUAUUUAUUUCUGUCACUUCUAACUUCUUUCUUCUCUCCAUUUUCAGACGGCUGGACCACAAUGAGCUGACCUCCAUACCACACUUCGGUCAAGCUGCUUCAAAGAUCGUGUCCCUCUACCUGUGAGUAAUACCCGUUUUGCUGCUCAACGUGGUCCCAGAAUUAUCAGGCUCUCCCUCGCUGUAUUCUUAGGCCAGUGGCCUCUUUGAAAUGCUCUUGAAAUAGUCUGUUGACAUCUGUGAAGGAUACAUACACCUUUGCAUCUGAAAAGUAAUACUGCAUCAAUGUGGAGCGAGUAAUGACUGAACCUCUUUUUAUAAAACCACAUUUUUGAACUGAGCUCUGAGCGGAUAUUAAGCGAUCAUAAAACUAACUGGUAUUAUGAGCUUGCCGAGCAUUAGCGUCUACAGUGGGCUGUACUGGCUGCUGGGGUUGUAAGCUCCUAUGCAAUUCCAACAUGGUUGCUCCCAGUUGUGCAACUGCGCCUGUGGGGACUGCCUGCACUGGCAUAUCACUGGAGAUUUACUGCCCUAUUUGGGAAGGGCCUGUUUGUGCUUGUGUAUGUCAAAAGUCUGAGCGCUAUCAACAGUUUGGAUUUUACUCUUUGGAGAGAAACCCACAGUGAUAAGGAUGUCAUUUUUUAGACAAUUUGGAGUACAAAAAACUUCUUAGAAAGGCACAACACUUGAACAUAUAUGUUAUGUCGUGUGGAGAAAAUGGAGUUAUAACUAUUGAGGCAAAGCUAAAAGUAAAGGACUCUUACAGGGGACUCGAUUCAUUCAGCACCCCUUAUUUAUCCCCGCUUUCAAACCCCCGGCCUCAAAUCAAUAUCAGGAUAUAUUGAGCAGUUCACCUCAAUAACGAUAAAUUUAACGAUAACUACUCCACAAGCUACUUCAGCCGCUCCAACUUUUGAGCCGUCCUCCAUCUCCUCACCUGUCUGUCCCUCUUUGUUAUGGACUGGAUGGGGUGGAGUUACGUUUCUGACGUAGGACACAUCCAAAAACAACUUUUAUUGAUUUUUUUUUUUGACACAGAUAUAUUGAGCAAAAUGACGUCGGUUAUUGUCGUAAAUUUCGUUAUCAGUAAAUUUUCAGUUUAUCGCCCAGCCCUACUGCCUGUUCAUUUUGUCAACAGAAAAAUAUGGUGAUACAUGUUUGUGCACAAGAUUUUUUGCUACAAAAAAAAAGCUGAGAUGAUGAUAAGCUAAAACUAAACAUAGUAGAAGUAUUCAGAGAGUGAACUGUUGCAGAUUUAAACAUUUUGUAAUCAGCUAAUUGACUCAGUUUACUCAGGAGAAAACAUUCUGACUAAGUUCGGAUGACCUUUUUAACUGCAUUUAGAGGUUUUAAGUGUUUUCACCUUUAAAAUGUUUGUCUAAAGAACGAGAUUUCGAAAUCUGCCAAUGAAAACUCUGCAGUCCAGGCGGUUUUCUCAGUCGCGAAGCUUCGGAAUGUUUUAAAGAACGCCAAACUAAAAACCGAGUUCAAUGAAAGGCUGUUGAAGGUGGCGCUAAAAUAAACCUCAAAUGAAACCGAACUGGCGUGAGGGCUCGUUAAAUUUCUUUGAACAAGAUAAAUAGCAGCGCUCCUUGGUAUGUUUCCAGCGUGACUGUAAACACACACACACACAAACACACUCAGGGGAUAGUACAAUCAUGACAGCGUUCCACCCGUAUCAUCUGUUGGGCGGACUGUUGUUUUUCCAGCGUGCCAUAGCUUUUUCCCCUCGUGUGACCAGGGAACAUUCUUACAUCUCACUCAACCUGAAACAAGAAAGCUAAACCCCUCUAAGCUAGUCGACUGCUAACCAUUAGCCGCACUCUGAGUAUCUCCUUUCGCACCUUACUAGUACGUCAGCUGACUGACAGGAAGUAGAGGGCGCAGCUGCUUGCUUCUGUAAUACUUGCUCAUCGUCAUUUUAUCUUCAGUGAUGAGCUUCGUGGGAGUCACCUCCGCCUUUUCCUGUGUGUCAUCUGGUUGCUUCUCAGAAUUUGGCAUGAUGCAUGAAUGCGGUCAGGACAUUUCUCGACCGUGUGUAGAGGUUCAGCUGCUCGUUGAAGUUCGUCACUCUUUUAAAAGUUUUAUAUUUUUGAGUUAUUGGGUUUAGCGCAAACUUCUGCCCUCUUUGCGUCAGAUCCAAAACAGAUCGGAGUAAGUUCACCUUUGCUUUGCACAAACUAUGCCGAGUCGUAGCCCCUCCAAAUGAUCGUGGUAUCUUUUUUUGGCCUGACUCGAAGCCUGUUGCUAGGGGAAGGCCCGCAGGCCUGACGGGAGUGGAGGCUGGAGGGAGGGUCGGAUCUUUUCAAAGCCACGCAGCUGAAGCGAAGGCCUGCGGAAGCACUUGCAGCUGCAGCUGUCAGUCACAUGGCUUACAGUAAAAUGGGUGACAGUGAGAAGGGGAGGAAGGAUGAGAAAAUAGGGAGGGCAGUAUCAGAUCAGGGUGACAUCACCGCAUGUUGAAAGAGGAAUGGUUGAUGAGAAAUAGUGGAGGAGGCAAAGGAGGAGGGGAAAAAAAAAAGGAAGCGAGCGAGGUGAGGUCAUGAUCAGGGUUAUUCCCAAAAGUAAAUCUAGUGCAUUCAGUCUCCGUGCCAACCAGCGAGCCCCCAGGAGCAUGAGAGUCUCUGUGCAUGAGCCCAGAGCGUAGACAGUAGAGCAUUGCUCCUGUGCCUUUUGGUGGAGAAAGUCUGGAAUGCCGUCUAACGACAAGUUUGUGUGAGACAGUGGUUUACACAAACAAACACACACAGACAGACGCACACAUGAACGAACCCAAAAAGAGCGAGGACCUGUCCUCAGCCUCCCAUCCCACUGAAGAGAACAUCAUGUGUGGUUGCUAACGUCUGACUGUCUGAGUCAUGGAGUGUCUGAUAGAUGUUCACAUGCUGGAAAGAUCUCAUGAUUGGCUAGUUUCCCUGAUGCUCUAAAUGUUCUAUGAACAUUACAUCCCUCUCCAGUGUCUGACACACUAGAUACACUAGUGAGAGGAUGAAUGUUGAAGAGCGCACUCUUCUUUAGCAGGAGUUAAUAGGCCUGUUUGCAAAAACUGACCUGAGUGGAGGAGAGCAUGUGAAAGGUUGCACACUGUAAAUAUUGUAACAGGAACAAAAACAGGUUUGUUGUAGUGACAUUUGAAAUGUGAAGUUGGUAAAAUCUUAUGUAAUGUACUGUAUGUGUAUUAUAUGUAUCUUGCACAUGUCUUAGUCAAUUCUACAACUUUUGUAUGCGAAUGUGUGUAAAGAUAUCCAUCCGACUGUGAAAUCUUCUCAACACAGGCUAGUCUGAGUUAUCAGAUUAAGACGCUUUACAAACUCACACAUUUGUGUCAGUACUCUACCUAGACUUUUUCAUUCGUCUGUUUCCUCCCUCCCUCCUUUUGGCAUAUCUGACCAUUCUUGAGUAAAGCUCUGGACACUGAGAUAAGUCUUCUUCAUAGUGUUUUUGUUUGUUAGUUUGUUUUGCGCAUUUAGAGUUUGGGAUUAUAACCUGAUGAGUUGCCAAAGAAACCCACCACCCUCUAACUGUGAACUCAGAGUAAGGCUGGGCGAUAAAAUGAUAAAGAUACAUAUCAAAAAUUCAUUUCCCUUGAUAUCGAUAUAAAACAUGGUCACUAUGCUUUUCGAUAGCAGGCAUUCUGCCAUGUUUUGGUAGACUAUACUCCGGGUCCGCGCCGCGCUGCACUAACUAUUUAGUCCGCUUUCUCUAGCGCAACACCUUACGAUAAGACAUUGAAGAGACACUAAGACCUCACAGACACAGUAGCUUAUUGUGUUGCAAAAGACAUGCUAUCAAUAAGCACUGUUAAGUUUCAUUUUUUAUAUUGUAACAUAUAUAUGAUAAACUUUUUCCCAUAUCGCCCAGCUCUAACUCAGAGUCAUUCAUACUCUGACAAGUUGACCAAAGACCAACCACAGUCCCACGAUGCAUGAGACAAACCCAGUGGCAUCCUGCCGCCGUUGUUGGCAGAACAGCACAAACUUUCCCAUUGUGACAUCAAAGAGGACCUUUAAAACAGCUUAGGCAUAAAUAUCAUAUAGCCUGCUGCUGCCGGAGGAUCUGAUUUUAAAAUAAUUCCUCUUUUGUCCUGCCGGGUAGCUUCAAACAGGAAGUGUGAGAGCACAAUCGCCCCCCAAAAAUGAUGACAAUGGUAACAGGAGGCCGGCCAGACUGGUGCAAAACUGCUGAUGCACUUUCCAUACAUCAAAAGAAGUGUCAAAACCAGCCAGGCUCACCAUAAUCAGAUGGUCAAUGGGGCAGAGUAAUGAGAUUUGGAAUUAAGUGGAAUCAAGGCGAAUAAGGCCGCCGGACAUCAAAGGGAACAAGAGCGAACUGGGCUCGUCUUUAUCAGAAACCUCUCUGGCCGUGUGAUAAUCAGUUUUUAUAAACGCUACUAUUGUAUGUGUGGACUUCAAACACCCCGAGCUGGGGCUUUAUCUGACUCUCACACACAGCUGGGCUCUCACUGUGGGACAAGAGGAGAGAGAGGGAGAGAGAGAAAGAGAGAGAGAAAGAGAGAGGGGGAAUUUGGUCUGAGUGGAAGGAGAACAGGGCGAGAGAAAAAGAGUGAGAGAGGUCAACCUCUCUCUCCACAUUUGAGACUGAUCUGUUUUUCCCAGCUAAGGUCACCAGCUGUUGACCCCACCUCACCCCUUCACCCCCCCCCCCCCUCCUUUUCUCCUCCCCCAUUCCUCCCCCUCCUUUUGCUUAGCCACUGUCUGCUCGGUCCCAUGUGUGCGUGUCUUGUUUGUGUUGUGUGUGUGUGUGUGUGUGUGUGUGUGUGUGUGUGUGUGUGUGUGUUCUUCUGUGUGUUUGCCCAGGCGUGCUUGCAUGGUUCAUCCUUAACCAUUUUUGCCACUGUUUAUUCAGGUGGGCCACUGUGGUGUGACCCCUCCUACUCUCAGACACCAAUAAAUGUGUGUGUGCGUGCGCAUGGGUGUGUGUGUGUGUGUGUGUGUCCAUCUGCUGGCUGAAGGCUGGAGAGGAAGGAGGGACUGACCUUGUUUUGACGAGUAUGACUGGUAGAACACCUGCUCUCUCACUGUCUUCUGCACUUUACGUCAAACACACUCACACACAGUCAUGCUUAAACACACACACACACACACACACACAACUUUUUUUCUCUUGAAGUUAAACUUAUUGGUCAAAUAAAUUUGUUUUAAGAUGAAAAAGUUCAGCCAAAUUCUUUCUGCUCAUAAAGAGCCAGAAGAUAUUUUUCCUCUGGAGAUAUAAACUCUUAAAGGAGAGGACAACAACCAGAGCUGAAUCUUCUGUACGUGUGACUUAGCUUCUUUUUUUCGAGAGUGAUGAUUUAUGAUUUAUAGAUCUACAGUUGCCAUGUUUUAUCCCUGCAUUGCUCCCUCCUCCUCCUCUUUUCUUCAUAGGUAUUUUUAGAGAAGUCGGGUAAAUGAAAGAGACAGUAAAUGAAACUCCCAUCCCUAGUUAGCACUGAGGCAUGUGUCAAAUGUGUCACCUAGCAAAGCCUUUCAUGUAUUCUCAGAUAACACUGGCCACUCUCUCCUUAUGCCCCUCACAUGCAAGGAUACACUGACAUGCCUAUGCAGGUAGAUGUAUGGCCAGAUAGAUGCCACCAGUUCUUGUUUUGCACUAUCUUUAUUAGGGCUGGGACGAUGUGCCUCUCUCCCGAUUUGAUUCUUCUACGAUUUUUUGGAUGCUGAUUCGAUUUAAAUUGCGAUUCUACGAUAUUGUCAAUUUUAAGUCUGCAUUUUUAACACAAGUGAAACAGUUGAAUGAUUAUGAUUGUCUACUGACUAUUCCAGGAACUAAAUUUCUCCAAAAAAUACACAUCACAUGUGAGUCAGUUUUCAAGAUUUAGUCUUAAGUUAAAAAAAAACAAAAAACAUUGAUUUAAAAAUUGUAAAACAAAAAAUUGCGAUACUUAUGUGAAUCGAUUUUUUUAAAAGUCGAUGCGUGUGUGUGUGUGUGUUUGGGGUAAAGAAGGGUUGAGCUGAUCUGAUUUGCUCGUCCUGUGGCCGUCUUAUGUGUUCGAACAACAUGUGGUUUGGUGCUAGUGUGACUUUGUGUCACUUCAGCUGCCAAGCACCAUUUCGACAGUCCCCCUCCUCCCCCAAGUUGCUGAGUCUUUUGUUUCUUCUCUCUGUGGAAUUUGGUCCCGUUACCCCCCAAAAACAACUGAGCACAGAUGUAACAAAAAAAAAAAAAAAAAAAAAUCCAGUCUGGAAGGGCUUCUGGCUCUUCCAGGGUUACAACAUCUGAGCAAACAAAAGUGAAAAGUAGGAAUGUAAAACUCUGAGCUCGAAAGGAGAAGCUCAAAUGAAGUGGGACUUGUUUGUUUUAUCGUUCCAAGUUGUCUUCUCUUACCAUGUCAGUGGAAAUGAGGACUGCGAUAGCUCGCAAACAUCCGGAGAUCGGCACGCUGAAACCCUCCUCAGAUGGCUCCAGCUAGUUCAUCUAUCUUAAAGAUUUAACAUUCUGGCUCUGUGGAGAAGCAAAGGUGUCCUUGGAACUAUUUAAAGAGUGUCCACCUCUGUUUGGACGCCCCCUUUUUCGUGUGCUUUUCUCUCUUGGUACCUGAGAGUGGGUUUUCCUGAGUGUCUCCUUCAGCUAAUGGGAAGAGGAUGUUGAUGUUAGACAGGGGACAGUGAGAUGGACACUUAGAGUAAGAUUGUUAACCACACCUAAUGCCCUUUUAUGUGUUUUUGUACUUUCCAGACACCAUAAUAAGAUCCGCAGUAUAGACGGCAGACGGACCAGAGAGCUGGUUUCUGUGGAAACCCUGGACCUAAGUAAUAAUGACAUCACCGAGCUCCGAGGGCAUUGCUUUCCAACAGCACUCCAGAUCAGAGACCUGUGAGUACAUUAACACAUCAGUCUCUCAAACCGAAGGUGUUAAAAAUGAAACUUUACGCACACAAACUGAAAAAAAAAAAAUGAAAUAAAACGAUCGAAUGAGUAAGUACUUCAGUGAAAAACGUGCUGUGUAUGAACACGUGUAACAAACUUCUGCGUUCAGGUACCUGAGCAACAACAAGAUCAGCGUGUUGGAGCCCGGAGCUCUGGACCAUCUGGGCUCAACUCUCCAGGUCCUCAGACUGAGCCGAAACCGCAUUAGCCAGAUCCCUGUGAGAGCCUUCCAGCUCCCGAGACUGACCCAGCUGUGAGUACCACUGGAUUUCAUCAUUUAGACAACACAGUUAAUGUGAUGACAGGAGUGUAUUUUGACCUGUCAGCGAAGCAAAAACAGUUUAUUUUUUUUACUUUCGGAGUUAAGCGGAAAAUUAGGUUAUAGCUUUGAAGACGACUCAGAAUGGUAAAAAAAAAAAAAGUAAUGAGGAGGAGUUUGUUGUGUCUGUUGAUCUGGAUCUGUGAGUUAAACACAGAGGGCACCAUUAGUCUGAGCUGUACCUCAGGUUGAUAAGGUCUGACUCAGUAAACACUAAAGACGCAUUAUCUGUGAUUUAUUACCUCCUUCCAUAUUCCCAGAGUGGUUAGUUCAUGCCUCACUCCAUCCUCCCAUUAUCUUCUUCAAACCUCCCUCCAGCGUGGAGUGGAGGUGGACCUAUUUUGGAGCUCAACGCCCCCCAUUCAGGAGGGCAAAUGAGGGAAAAUGAUUCUCACUCACUUCGCCUCAGCCAGGGUAGAUUCCCCAGGUGGCUUUUGUUUGAGAGGUAACCCUGGCGACACUGAAGCUACAAUGAACAUCAGACACAAAAGGACCUGUGUGGAUGCAGAUCUUUGCCAACCUGAGGGGUUUUUACAGUUUACAAACAGACUGAUUCAGAAACAUCUGGGGCCUCUUUAAGAAACCGGAGGAUUUAUGUUGUUCAAAUUCUUCUUCUUCUUCUUAAUGUGGUUUUUAUUUGGUAAAAGGAACACAGCUUAUGGAUGUGUGAGGAGCCAGGGGAUUCACUGAACAGAAAAAAGCCAACCUGUAACGAAAAAAAAAAAAAAAAAAUUCAGAAAGACAAAAAAAAAUCUAUUUUACAAAACUUCAAGAACAAUCUGUGUCUUUUACUGAUUUUUCUGUCAUGAUCUGAUGUCACAUUUAUAUCUCUUUAUCCAUCCAUCUUGCAGUGAGCUGAACAGGAACCGCAUCCGUCAGGUGGAGGGUCUCACCUUUCAGGGUCUGUCCAGCCUGGAGGUCCUCAAGCUGCAAAGAAACAGCAUCAGCAAACUGACAGAUGGAGCCUUUUGGGACCUGGCCAAAAUGAAAGUCCUGUACGUACAAAAGCUCAAAAAAGAUCAAUAAGUUUGCACAAUAAAUCACAACUUACAAGCUGCAAAUAAAGGCCGUCAAGUGCUCUUCUAAGCAAAAACACCCCUCAGCAGAAUCGUACAAGAUCUAUUAGUCAAACAGCUCAGAGAAAGCACAACCCAGAGGAGUUAUUCCUGACUGCUGCAGUUACCUGCUAUUACAGGGAUACUUAACCAACCCCAAAAGAGAUUUUUCAGAUAAACUGGAAUCUGCUCACAGUCUCUGCAGUCCAGCUUUUUUCCUGCUGACCUGAACAAAAACUUAAUUUACUUGCAGAAUAACACAUAAAUCAGCGAAAUUGCGCCGUUUCGAAAUGUUGCUGCAAAUCAAGAGUGUGAAAGCUUUCAUCUACUUACAUAAAAUCCUGAGCUAAAACUCUCAUUUCAAAACCAUCAUCGUACUCACUGCUACCUGUUGCUUAUUCUGUCUCUUACAGUCACCUGGACUACAACAGCCUGAGCGAAGUGAACAGCGGCUCCUUGUACGGCCUGACUUCCCUCCAGCAGUUAUUUCUCAGUAACAACUCCAUCGCCCGCAUCAACGCUGACGGAUGGAAGUUCUGCCAGAAGCUGAGGGAGCUGUGAGUGCCAGCCUUUCAAAACUCUUAACGUGAAACGAGCUCCCACAAAAACCUCUGAAGCAGACAGUGUUUGAAUAUCCAGAACUAGGGAUGAGGCCUGCAGGUGUAGAAAAGUGGAAGUGAAAAAAUAAAGGAGGAAUUAUUAAGACUUCACAAGGACCUCAGAGGUCUGUUUGUCCUCAACGUCUUUUCUUUCCUGCGCGUCUCAGAGGAUUUAACCCAAGAGGAGUCCCCACCCCCAUCCAUAUUAUCGCUCUACCUUCCCUUGGGUUAAAUGACAUUGUGCUUUAACACUCAAUAUGCUACGCUAUUCUCAGUGUAAGCCUGUUAUCCCAUAAUUAGAGCUGGGCUCAACAGCACUCAAGCUUUUCGACAAGAGUUUUUGUACUCCGUUGUGAGGCGUGGGGGUUUAGCAAAGCAGCGUGUAAUCCUCUCCAUGUUGUGUUGUGGUAAUUACUCUAAAGGAUCACCUUCACCGCCUUUGUCUACUGAACGAGGAGUUUUUAUCUGAUAGUCUGUCCUCUCCUGUAGACACGACUGCUGUAAAGUGCACCGCUCAGCUGAGGCGUUGCUAAAUGCGGGGCUAACCCGGGUAGUCUGCGGCGCCAAUGUUUGUUUCUGUUAACAGCCAGAGGGGAUAAAAAGGUGGUUGGCGUUCGUGUCAGUUUGCUCUGUGUAUCUCAAUGUUUCCAGUGAACGACAGAUUAGCCUCGAAACAUCCUCCCGGCGCUGCGGCAGUCGGCGGUUAUAUGAGUCUUUAUUAUCUGGAGUUAUGAUGACUCUAUGGCUGAUAGAAGAGGGCGACUCGUCUUUAUGAGGAGGCUGUUAUUGCGUUCUCACUGGAGCAGGCCGAGCUGGUCAUCAGGGAGAAUCUCGACACACAUGACCAGCCAUGCGAACCUGAGGCUUGGCCACAGAGACAGACAGUGAGGGCCACCAAGAGGGCAAUAAACCGCACAAUACCGCCUUUGAGGACUACCGUUCAAUGAGUUCUGUUAACUUAGAAUCUGAAAUAUCAAAUUUAUCCAAUAAAAACUUUCUAAGCAGGACUUUUAAGACCCACUCCGAUGAAAAUCAUGUUUUUCUGGUUGUUUAAAUGUUCAUAUGGCAUUUUUCUGUUGCUACAGGACAUAUCAUGAGAAAAGUAAGUGUGAAAUUGCAUUUCUGGGUAUUUCUGCAUUCAAGUCGGUGUGAAUCUCGCACAGACACAAACGGAAGGUUCGGAUUCAGUGAGAUUUCCUACGUUGCAAAUCCAAGCUCCGCCCCCUACCAGACUGAGAAAUAGAGAGAAUAAUCGCAGAGCAAGCGUGUGUUUUGGCGGAUUGCAAUGCUCGUAAGAAAACUAAUUAUGAUAUUAGCUUUCAUCGUGUCCCUAAAGACAUUAGUGUCCGAGAGUUGAAUAGCUCCUACGUUACCUGCCACUUCUACUACACAGCGAUGUCUCCGCCCACGACUCAGAGGCAAAUUGCUAAAGAGCUACGGGAACUCUGCUGAAGAAAAACCCUGUGACUUUGGCUGAAAACUUCAUAAUCACAGUUUAAAGACCACUGAGAACACUUUAAGUAGUAAAAAAAAACAAUCAGAGUGGGACUUUAAAGUAGGUUUGAGUGUUCUUCCAUUUUUUUCCAAAGAAAAGAAGUCAAAUCGUUUUUGAAAUCUAUGAUCCGGGGAUUCCCUUCAUAAGAAAAAGAGGCAGUUUAAGCCUAAAUAUGAGAAUAAGUAACUCUACAACUGUGGCAGACAUGAGUGACAGUGAACCUCUCUUGGGGUUUACCACAUGCUCAUGUAGACGUAUAAAAGGAGGUUGCAGACAUGUAAAGUUCAGACCCAGAAUCUCUUUUCCUCCCAGUCACAUGGCGAGGACCUCGGCCGAGCUCUUAGGUCUGCUAAGCACAUUCUCCGUUAACAUCUUGUGGUGAAUUAAACGGCACAAUGGAAAAACACAUCACAGAGUGGCAAAAAGACACUGGCCCAGCCGUGAAAUUGAAGUCUAAUGAUGUCGCGAGGCUGCCUCAGCGCGUUCUGCCAACCUGUCAUCUCCUUCCAGACCUCACACAGAACAUUUCUCCUUCUUUCCUUCUCUCUCUCUCUCUUUCUCUUCAUCCCUGUCUGCCUCUGCCCUCCUCUCUGUCUGUCUGCCUCCUGCUCUCUUUCUCUCUCCAGGAAUCUGUCGUACAACAACUUGACUCGUCUGGAUGAAGGCAGUCUGGCUGUACUGGGGGAUCUCCACACUCUCCGUCUGGGGCAUAACUCCAUCAGCCACAUCACCGAGGGAGCCUUCAGAGGCCUCAGGGCCGUACGCAUCUUGUAAGUACAACCCCUUUCCCUCGAAACAGCAGCGACCAAGCCUCAAAUGACCUCCAGUGGCACACUCAUUAUGGUUUAACCCCCCGCUGAUGGCUAAAAUGUGCCACCUGGGAGCAGUGAAAGCUGAGAUGUUAAAUUAGGGCUGCGCGAUAAUCCCAAAAUUUACAGACGCCGAAAUUUAUGACAAUAAUGGAUGCCAUAUCGGUUGUCAAAAAAAGAAAUAAAUGAAAGUUGAUUUUGGAUGUGUGUAGGUAGGCUAUGGUCUCACGUCCCUUUAAGAAGCUGUCCUACAAGUCGGUAACAAAGAGGGAAAGACAGGUGAGGAGAUGGAGGAUUCAAAGUUGUAGCGGCUGAAGUAGACGAAGUUAAUGUGGGAGGGGGUGAGCAGCUUGUGGAGUAGUUAUCGUCUAUUUAUCGUUAUCGAGGUGAACUGCUCAAUAUAUCCUGAUAUUGAUUUGAGGCCAUAUCGCCCAGCCCUAAAUUAAAUAUUAGUUUGCUUCAGUGAUAUUUGAUAUUCAAGCUUUCGUAGUUCCUUCACUUGACUUAAGAAUGCUUACUUUUGAGGACAGGUUUUAUCUCAUUUGCUGCCAUGUCUAUUCAUUAGUUUUUUUUCACUUUAUGAGGUCUCUUUGCAGCACGUCCGUCAUGGUUUCUGAGGCAACUUUUCUCACCCCACUUCUUUGUCAGCCAGUGUUUUGGGGGUUUUUUGGUUUUGUCUUGAAAACUGGCUCUAAACAAACUUGGGUCUGAGAGGUUUUUUUUUCUUUUUUCUGUGUCACUUCACUCCCUAGAAAUCCUUUCCAGCUUUUGGAAUAAAGACAGAGGUUCUUUCUCUCCCUGUUCCACCUUUCAGAGAAAGCCCUAAACAGGCCUUAAGAAAGAGGGAAAAAAAGACGAGAAUGAAAAGGAGAAAGUCAGGGGAUAAAUCCAGGAGAAAGACUUGGGGGUCUUGGUUCCUCACCAAGGUCGUCUUGGCUUUGUUUCCUCUUGGUGCAAGAGCCAGAGAGGAGAGUUGUGCCAGAGCUUGCGAGACAAGACUCUCACAGCUGGCUGACAAGCAAAGGAACAUAUGGGCUUUCUCUGCUGGCUAACUGGGUGCUGGAUAACUAGCUACAGAGGAGUACAGAGGACGGGAUAGAAAGCUUGUGGGCGCUUCCCUUCAUCUCCUCAAUGUGUUCUCUCAUCUCCUCGUGUUGUUGCUCUUCACACACACACACAGGGUAUCUCUCGUCUUUUUACUCCUCUUGUAUCACUCCUGUGCGCCGUGUCUUUGAGGCAGGCCUAAUCUAAUCAGUGGAGGGGAGGACAGGCAUAGGCUGGGCCCUGAAAAGGAGCCGGGGGAGCUUUAAUUGGGCCUGCACUGCUGGUCGUGCUGGCAUGGGGCUGGAGCCUGCAUCGGGGUGUGAAAGCUCCAAACAAGCCAGCCUUUCCUCUAAUUCGGCCACGGGGGUCGUUGGCUCAUCAGCCCCCCCUGCCCCCACCCGCCCUCUCUGUGCCCGGUCUCCCCGCUCCACGGCCCCCGACACUGGCCUUGCUUUAACAAGGCAACGGCCAUUCACAUGCAGCCAGCCAGAAAGAGUAGGAAAUUGGCAGCCCCUGUCCAGUCUAACUAAGACAGCGGCCAGUGGAGGCUGAAAAGAAGCAGAGGGGGAGAAGAGAUGCUUGGUAAGCAGAGGGGAGAGGAGGAGGAGGAGGAGGAGGGGGCUAUUGUGGCCAUGUUGGAGGGUGUGUCUGGCCAUCAACCUCAAAGGUCUUUCUCAAGUUUGAAAGAAAGUCUUUUAAAGGUUCAGCAGAGUUCCUCCUCUGGCUCAGUUGUUCUCCUUUUGAUGACCACACUGAGGGGCGGAGUCACGGCUUCACCUUCAGAGGUAAUUCUUUAGACUUUGGAAAAGGGGAAAAGCAGUGCAUUCAACAAGUGUUUGGAAAGCCCCCAACCCUCUAAAAAAAAGCCUCUUUUUCUUUUCUCUUUUCGUUCUUUUCACUGAAUCUAUUUUGUCUUUGCCUAGCCAUUCCCCCCCCCAAAAAACCUCAUUAAGACCCCUGGCUUUGGUUUUUGCUGUGCCGUACCUGUCACAAUAAGACCAAUCAUGAUGUUCCUGCCAGUCUCUCCGCGCUGUCAUGAAUUAAACAUGUGUUUCGCUGCGCUCCCUCUGUUUGCCUCAACACACCAGUGCACAUGCACUCAUAUUCACAUGCACACUCCUCCACCAGGGAAGAAUGCGCUUGGUUGGCAGAGCAGAGCGACAGAGGGGCUCUUAAGGCCAGGUGCAGAGGAGGGGUAUGAUGGGGGGGGCAAAAGGGGGUAACCAGUGACUUCCAGACCAUCCUCUGCCAGGGCUGUAAAACGCUUCAGCACUGGCAGACCCUCUCCCUCUUCUCCCUCCUGCCUCCAUCUUUCUUAUCCCCCUCUUUUCUCUCGUUCUCCACAGGGAGCUGGACCAUAACGACAUCUCAGGCACAAUAGAGGACACCAACGGGGCCUUCACUGGAUUGGAUAGCCUCAACAAGCUGUGAGUCCCCCCCCACCCCCAACACACACACACACACACACACACACACACACACACACACACACUCUCUCUCUUUUUUCAAAUUCCCUACUCCUUUAUCAACUCCUCCCUUUCGUCCCUCCGCAUGCUUUUCAUAAACAGACACAAAAACAUAAAAGAGAUUUCUCCUUCCAUCGCGUCCAAAAGUCUCCCCCUCAAAUCCCAACCCACCCUUCAUUGCCAACUUAGUUUGACUGCUUCAAGUUAAGGCAAGAGAGUUAGGGACAUCUGUCCCCUCGGGAUCCCACACUUCACUCUGUAAGGAAGUGUUCGCGAUGACUUAUUUGGUCCGUCUUCUUUUCCUACAAGGCUUGAUCACGAAACAUGGAAGAUAUUUUUUCACUUCUUGGAAUCGGCGGCAACUUUCCCUCCACUUCAAUCUGGCUUUCAUCUCAUGAUUUCAUUGUUUCCCAAUAGUUUUAUGGCCAAAGUGAGCUCUAGUUACUGCUAAUGGUUCAAGAAGGAGAUAGAGUGAAUCAUUUUUUAUCUUAUUUUUCCCGAUUACUCAUCCACGUUUUCAGCAUCCAGCUAGUUAAAAAGUUCAAUGUCAAGAGUUGGCGAGUUGAGGAAUUACAGCGGAUGGGCAGUCUCUGGCACUCAGCAGCAAUCAUCAACCUGCAGGAUGAAAAGACGAUGUCCAGCCAAGAUGGUUCCCAGUGUGGGCACUUCUCAAAGAGAAAGGCCGGAGAGAAACAGAGAGAGAAAAGGCCUUUCUUUGAGCUGGCAGGGGUUCGCUCCCCAGUAGGCUAAUUUCUAUUUCUCCUCCAUGCCUCCGCUCCUCUCAUCCCCUCUUUUCCAGUCCCAGUUGUUUGGAGCUGAGAGAGGGUGAAAUUGAAGGCUGCAUUCAGUCAUCAACAUCAAACGCCUUACACUCCCCGCCCUCUGACCCUGCCCCCUUUUGUCACGGCAUUGGCGGAAGCAGCCCGCUGCAUCCCAGUCCUGGCAAAGUUAGCCAUGGGAAAAAAAAAGAGAUGCAGCGAAGAAAAAAGAAGGGCUGGAACAUCAAAGUGUCCAUCAGAUGCACUGUGUUUCCUCAGAGCAGCUUGAGAGUGCUGCCACAUGGGAGUUGAGAAGAACACGACGAGUAAAUCUUGAAUUUAUCCUCAAAAGAAGCCCUCUGAUCGUGGGUUUGAUGAGACAGCCGUUUGUUUGUGUACACAUAUGGAUGAGUUUGAACACUGGGGUCCUCACUGUGAACCAGCCAGCCAUGUCUCCUCUUCCUGCAAAGUGAAGGCUACAACAGAAGAGGAACAAGAGAGAGGGGAGGAGGCAGCGGGAGAGGGGGAGGGGGAGAGCGAGAGUGGAAGAAGGGAUUAGUACCCCAAAUCAGAGGGAGCAGCGGCAGCAGCUCACUUCUUGGCUCAAACCAGGCUUGACAGGCACAGACACACACUCACGUGGUCGACAAGUAUGUCCUUACAAGCUCACACUCACACACACACACACACUAAGCCCCUCCCUGGUCAUUGCUAUUAAAUUCUAAUAAAGAUAAAAGUGGUCUUUGAAGAGCAGCGCAGAGCCCAGGUGCCCCCCUUCCUCACCACCACUCUCCCUCACCCCUUCCUCAAGAGGCUAAUCUCCACACAGUUCAGAUUUCCAAUACCUCAGUCCCUUCACUCUUAUCAGAUUCAACUUUCCUAAUUGUGCUUCUCUCCCUCUGUUUCUCUCCCCGUCCCCUCUUCUCACCUCCCUCCCCUCCCUCUCUCCCUCCUCUCCCAUCUAUCGACACCCCUCAUGUUUGGAAAUGGCAGGACACUGUUUGGAAACAAGAUCAAGUCAGUGGCCAAGAAAGCCUUCUCCGGCCUGGAGACCCUGGAACACCUGUGAGUAUCCCACAAUGCUUGGCUGCUCCAUGUCCCAGGGAGAGAAAGAGAGGAAGAGGGAGGGAGGGAAGAGUAGUUUGGGUGGUUGGGGAGGUAGGGGGUGGGUUGGGGGGGGUAUUGCCAAAAGUAGCUGGCAGAGCAGACUGCUAGCAAUUUAAUAGUGUCUUUGUAAACGGAGAAGACAGCGGCUUUUGCGAGCGCCCAGCUGCUUCUCUCUCUCGUUAGCUUAGCGCGAUCUCAACUUUGGCCUGUUUUCCUGCUCGUGCACAGGAGUAAAGUCAUCGAGCAUAUGGUGAGCUCUGCCGAAGAAACGGGAUUCCUAUAAGUUCUUUCACAGGCUUUUGUUAACUGAGGGUGGGGAGGGAAAAAAAAAAAAGCUGGCAUUAAGCCUCAGACAUAUCUGUACUCCACCUUUAUUUGAAGUCAAGUCCAUGCUAAUGGAUCCCUGUGUGCUGAUGCAAUUUGUGCACAGUUGGUGAGAUAAUGUCUGAUGUCCCUACAGGAACUUGGGGGAGAAUGCGAUUCGCUCAAUCCAGCCGGACGCCUUCAGUCGAAUGAGGAACCUCAAAACCCUGUGAGUUUUCACCGUUGCAUUUACAACAUUGUGUUCGCCUCUCACAGCCAGCUGGGCGUUUGGAUCUCCAACACACAUAAACACCUACAGGUGCGGUAGAUGUGAUGUACACACCACAUACACUCAGCGCUCUAAUUUCCUCUCCUCUAUCCCACAGCCUCAUUCAGAGUGACAGCUUCCUGUGUGACUGCCAGCUCCACUGGCUGCCCGACUGGUUAGUGUCACGCAGUCUGCAGGCUGGGGUCAACGCCACCUGUGCCCACCCAGAGAGUCUGAAGGGCACCAGCAUCUUCCAGGCUCCGCCCAGCAGCUUUGUGUGCGGUGAGUUAUGAGUAUGAGUAGUCGAUCCUUUGGUGUGAUUUCCCUCAUCAUACCAAGAACAGAAAUGUGUGAUUGUCAUAAUCUCACUUUGUCUUUUAUUUAUUCUUUUAGAUGAUCUCCCAAAGCCCCAAAUCACUGUGCAGCCAGAAACCACAGUAACGGUCCUCGGUAGCGACGUGAAGCUCACCUGCACGGCCGCCAGCAGCAGCUCUUCGCCCAUGACCUUCGCUUGGCGCAAGGACCAAGAGCUGCUUCGCAACGCGGAGACGAAAAACUACGCCCAUGUACGCACUCACCAUCAGGGCACAACCUCUGAGACACCGGGCGCAGGUGGAGGCGUGAUGGAGUACACCACUAUACUGCACCUGCGGCAUGUCACCUUCGCCCACGAGGGUCGUUACCAGUGUAUUAUCACCAACCACUUUGGCUCCACCUACUCCAGCAAAGCCCGCCUCAUUGUCAACGGUAUGUGGUUUUCCAGAGUCUUAGGGAACUAUGGCAAGAGAGAGAGUCCAUCAGGAGUUUGGUAAAGGCGCUGUAGGGUUUGACUUGAAGAACUAAGGCGGCGAUUAAAAAGUGAGACAGAGAAAAGUUAUUAUCUAUGUUAUUAUUGGAUUAUUUACACCCAAUAAAAAGCCUGCUCUUAAAAUUAGUACGAUUUUCAACAGUCCUGUUUGAGAAAGAGAGUCUACUGAGCAUGUGGAGUUCUUCUGAUCCACAUGAAUGAAGUCCUCUGUCUCUUCUGGCCUCCAUUUCUUCAAGCAUAAUUCACGGAGCAAACUGAUUACCUUGGAUGUCAGCGCUGAAAGAGGCCGUCUCUUCUGCACUCCAUCACUUUCUGAUCUGCAGAUGUAGAGCUUUUUUCCUUAAAGGGAUUUUCCGGCGUAAAAUUAAUUUAGGGUCAAAUACACCGCAACACCGAGUUAAACACCCCUCAAGAGAUGAAUGUUACUGACUGCUUGCUUCUCUAGUUAUACUAAUUUGAGUAACAACUGCACGAUAGCAAUACACAGCACUCUGAGGAGACACACAAACCUCAACCUCUAACUUCAUCAACAGUAUAUAUAGGGUCCCAGCCAUAGCACUUGCUGCCAAAAAUCUUCCUUGAGCUGUGUCACCCCGCAGCAGUCCGUAAUGGACUGGUCUGAGGUCUUGCUACAAACAAGCGGCUGCUGGAAGAGAGUAGGUGAGUUGUAUUUAUACUCUUUGCUAAAGAAAUUAAGCAAAGCUAAAAAGAUGUUUGGUGUCUAGUGCUGUGGCUGGGACUCUAUAUGUACUGUUGAUGAAGUUAGGGGCUGUUCUGAGCAUUAUUUGUGGCUAUAGAGUGGUGUUUUGGUUGAGGUUUGUUUAUGGCUCCUCAGACCGCUGUGUAUUGCUAUCAUGUGGUCGUUACUCAGGUUAGUAUAACUAGAGAAGCAAGCAGUCAGCAAAAUUCAUCUCUUGAGGGGGUGUCUAACUCUGUGUAAGGGUGUGUUUGACCCUAAAUUAAUUUUACACUGGAAUAUCCCUUUAAGUUUGUUUUUGGGUGCAGUAGAAAAAGGACAAAAAAUAGAGUCCUUGUCUUGUUUUUGGAAGUUUAUUUGGUUUGAAGACUAGUACUAGCUGUGAAAAAAAGGGUUAGAGAAUUGAAUUGCUGAAAUCCUGCAACAUCAGCUCAAAGAAAUUGGAGUUAAACCGUUGGCUCGAGUUUUAAGAGUUAUUUUGACCCGUGUCCUUUGUGUCCACAGUGCUCCCUUCAUUCGUGAAGACUCCCAGAGACAGCACCAUCAGGACUGGCCACACAGCGAGGCUCGAAUGCGCCGCUGAGGGGCAUCCGUCGCCUCAGAUCGCCUGGCAGAAAGACGGCGGCACUGACUUCCCCGCCGCCCGCGAGCGACGGAUGCACGUCAUGCCCGAUGACGAUGUGUUCUUCAUCAUGGAUGUCAAGCCGGAGGACAUGGGCGUGUACAGCUGCACUGCCAAAAACACCGCUGGCACCGUCUCUGCCAACGCCACCCUCACAGUGCUAGGUGUGUAUCUGAGCCGCUCCUCUCGCGGAGAGUCUCGUAUUCAGAGCAACAACAGAGCGCUCAUCGUUUUCCCACAUUCCUUUUGUAAAUAGCUCCGCUCUCAGAGGGGAAUUGGUCAGUCUGAAGCUGCAGAAUGAGAGGCUUUAUAUUUUUCUUUUCUCCGCAGCUGUGGCCGUGCUGCAGGUCAAGGGCCAAAGGUCACAGUAGGGGGUCAAAGGGGGGAUGGUGCGGAACAGAGGGGGGCUCACAGAGGGGCGUUUGUUAGGCAUUCCCACCCCUCCCUCCUUCCUUCUUUCCUGGUGGGAGGGACAGUCAUGGCUGCUUCACUGCAGGCCUCAGUGCUCCCAGUUUAUUGGCUGUUUUACACCGUUAACUCAAACAAAACCAUCCGAGGACAUAGAUCAUCUUUGUGCUUUGUCUUUGAGCGGAGCAGAGCAGUCCAGCUGUUGAACACGGAUAUUCAGGCUUUUCUUUUCAACAGUUUCAAGUCAUCUCUAAAAAGCUUUCUCUAAUUCAUCAUGGUCGUGGUGAUAGGGGCGGUUCGCUUGGGCAAUAUUAGCAUGUUGUGCGACUUGUGAGAGACUUGAUGGACUUCACAGCAGUUCAAGCCGAGCGCUAAUCCACUCAAGACUGUAAAAUAUUGAAGUGAGCCACCAUGCCUCUGCACUGAAUCUGUGAUGUUUUGGUUUAAGAAAUGAGGGGAAGAAGGAGGAGGAGGAGGGUUAGGAAGGCUGAAGUUGAGGGGCCCCUGUCUGGAAAAGAGUGGCGGGGGUAAAAAAUGGGAGCCAAAGAAGAACUGGAACGGUGGAGUGAGUGUGUGUGAAGGGGGUAAGGGAGGGAGGGAGGGAGGAGGGGGAGAAAAGAAAGAAAGAGGGGUGGGGGGGCAGGAGAGUGAGCGGGAUUGAUGGAGAGGGAGAAAGUAUUGAUUGAAGAGAGAGGGGCGACUGAAGUGGGUUAAGUGAGAUCUCUUAAUCUGUGUUUGUCCCACUGUGAGGGGAAGUGCUCAGUCUGAGAGAGGAGAGGCCUACCUCAAGAGUCACACACACACACACACACACACACACACACACACACACACACACACACACACACACACUCAGCUGAAUGGGAAGUUUUCGGACACUGGUUUUUUUACUUAAAUGAGAACUCCGUGGAUGUGAGCUCAGAGGUUUAAAUGUGGUUGUCAUGAUGAGAUAAGGUUUUUCGUGGCCGGAUUACAAACUCGUAUCGUCACUUUGUGCUCGUUGUAUUCUGCUGACUCAGCACUCUGUAAUCAAUACUGUGAACAAAGUGAUCCGCAGCAUCAACCUAAAACGUCGAUGCUCUGAAAUAACAGAGGACGCUGACCUCAGGGAUCUCCAAAGUUUUCAUGAGGAAUCUCAUCACUCUCUCGUCCACAGAAACCCCCCACCUGGCCCAGGACCUGGAGGACCGCAGCGUGGUUGUCGGCGACACGGUGGCCCUGCAGUGCAAAGCGCUGGGCAGCCCGCCGCCGCGCAUCACCUGGCUGCGCAACGACCAGCCGCUCCGCCCGUCCGACAGACACCACUUCACCCCGGGGAACCAACUGCUGGUCAUCGGCUCGGCUUCGCUGGAGGACGCCGGCCGCUACACCUGCCUCAUGUCCAACACGCUGGGCACUGAGCGCGCUCACAGCCAGCUGGUGGUGACACGGCGCCCCAGCCCCUGCAUGGCGCCGACGGGGCCGAGCACAGUCACGAUUGGGAUUAUUGUCAUCGCCGUGGUGACGAGUAUUGUAGUGACGUCGCUGGUGUGGGUGUGUAUCAUCUACCAGACCAGGAAGAAGAGCGAGGAGUGCAGUGUGACCAACACAGGUGAGUGUGAGAGUGUUGAUCUGUGAGGCAUUUGGUGUAAAUUUCUGCAUAACCCUGGUCUUCAAAGUCUACCUCUAACUGUUGAUACGGUGUACUAUCCAGGGUUUAUCAUCGGAGGUAAUAAAACCUGAGAAUAUUUGGCACGUUGUCUCGACUAAACCUUGACAAUCAAAGACGGCCUUUCAGCUCUUCUAACAUUUUUGCGUCUCUGUUUUUCGUCUCCUCUAGAUGAGACGAUCGUUCCCCCAGAUGUACCCAGCUACCUCUCCUCCCAGGGCACGCUCUCCGAACGCCAAGAUGUGUGUAUCCGCGUCGAGGCAGGUGGUGGACCUCAGCCCAACGGACACAUCGUAGACACCACAGGUACCUCACAGUUCCUCCGCCGAUGUUUGUGCUCCCCAGCAGUUUCUCCCACUUCCCCUGAGAAAAAAGCCGCUGCGCUGCAUAACCAUGAAAGGGGCGCUGCUGUUCGUGAACGCCUGCUCAGCAUCAGAGAUAAUUACUGCAGACGCCCUGACCGCAGUGUUGACAUUCAUUUGUUGAUUUUCUGCCUUCAAACCUUUUUUUUUUUUCUCUCUUUCCCUGCCUGCAGGAUUUGACGGUGCAGUGGUAUGUACAGACUGUAUGGAGAACAGCAGCAGCUACUCCAAAGAUCCAGAUUACCUGACACAUGGGUUUGGUCCUGCUGGGGGGAUGGAGUACCAACAGCACUUGGUACCCCCACCACACUCCUACUGCCACCCAGGGGAGCAGCAUGACAGGGAGACAGUGUCAACCCCACUCUGCAACGGGACACCCAACGGGAUCCGAAAGGACUUCCAUGGGCUUCCGAAAAACCACAACACGUUACAAUCGAGGGAUAGAAAAGGUGAGGAGAUCUGUGAGUAGGACAAACUGUAAUAAAUAUGCCAACAAAUGCGAACAGUCUUAACCCAGAAAGGAACACUGACUCUGUUUUUCUUGGAAUACUAAAUAUACGAGGUGGAGCGAUUAGAAACCAUCAGCCGUUUAGGAAACCUUCUCAGCGUGAAUUCCUUUGAAUGUGAUAGUUGAAGGAUUGGCUCAUUGCAGCAUCUGACAGUGUAUCUUAGUUUUACGCCCAGAGCCCCUCAGGAGAUCACUCUGUAAAGACGCGCUGAACUCUCCUCGCUGCCAAACUGCACGCCUGGGCCUGUUCUGGGAUUCGUCUCCUUUAGCGAGGAGUAAUACCAGUGGCCUCCAAAUACCAAUUCUCACCUCCGCAUGUCAACGCAGCCCUGUGCAUACAUUCCACUGCCUCUCUUUUCUAAAGCUGAAUGCAUAUUUGUCUGCACACAUGUCACGUCACUGACUCUGUUUCUCUUUCCUCUCCUCCUCCUCCCCCCCUACAGUGCCGGCAUGCUCUCCAUCACAAGAGGACUCCUUCCACAAGCCGGUGAAGCUGACCCCUGUGACAUGCCAUGGCCACUUGGACAGUGACUGUGAGCCUGAGCUCAGGCAGACUCUUCUGUCUAAUGGACACACCCUCAGAGCCUCUCAGAACGAGAGCGCGCCCCUAAGGAGAGCCAGCGACUAGCAGGCGCUCCGAAGAGCCUGAAUUAUAGACUCGCUUCAGCGGAGUGGACUUUAAUCUUUUUUUUUGCACUGGGAAAUAAACUGCUACCUCAUACCGAGGCGAUUGAUCCGAAACCUCCUGGAUCUGGACUGUAAGCACCGAGAGAGAGAAAGGAGGGGGAGGGGCAUCCGGAGUGUGAAGGCGGAGCUUGUGUGGGUGGCGUCCCAUCUGAGCGUUUCAGCUGUACAUAGUUAAAAACCUUCGUUUGGGAGGUGACCAAUAAGAAUUCUAGCUCCAGAAAAUGUGACUUGCAUUUGAAGCAUGUAAAUGUAGGGAAUCUUGUACAGUGUAUGUUUGUGCAGAGGAGAGAGAGAAAUAUACCUUUGGACAUUUGACUGUACAUAAGAGUUUUCUUAUAUUAUAUAUUAUAUAACUUUUACAGAAGAGUAUUUGAAUUUAUGUGCAUGACAAGGAAAGGAGUGAUGGUAUUUUUAUUUUUCUUCAGAAAAAAAAAACAACAACCUUUUUCAGCUUUUACCAACUUUCAGCUGCGGUGCCUUAUUGCAUAAUCAAAGAAAACUCAAGAGAGUAUAUCAAGAGACUUUGGUGAGAGAAACUGGUUCACUCUUUAUAGCAAACACUUGAUUGCACUUGAAUGUUUUUUGACAAACGUUGCCAAACUCGGCCUUACAGAAACACAGUUCAGACUCAUUGUUUUUGAAUGAAGGAAGAGCUUUGAUGUGAAUUAUUUGAGUACGUCGAGCUGGGAUAUUUGAGGGCAAUAAGUUAAAGCACUUUCAUAUUCGAUUCAUACUCAAGCUGAUAAUGUACGUGGUAUCUCUUUCUCUUACAUUCUACAUCCAUAAGUACAGCAUACUGCAACAUUAAGGCUCUUCCAUCUGUUUUACAACUCUUUAAGGUACUGCAAAGCUGCUCUGAUCUAGCUUAGGGGAAACAAUUUCUCUGUUCUCUGAUGUUUGCUUAUUUGUCCUGCAGAGUGACUUUGCAACCAGAUGUGCUAAAAAGUCAACGCCCACAGCUGUUAAAGCCAGUAAUGAUCUUCCUGAGUGGACACCUGUUGUAUUUUCAUGGUUGUAUUCAUAAUGACACCCACAGCAAUGUGCACUAAGGCACUGACAUUGAAUUGGCUCAAAGUGAAAUUCAGAGAUUGAAUGCUAGAGGGAUUAAGGACAGAUGGAGAAUCAGGGAGAAUAGUGUUUUGUGUUACUGCUGUAAUGUGCCUCAACAUACACCACUGUGCACUCACAAGGCAAACGGCCAGUAAUUCUGCCUCCGUCACAUCGACCAGUAAGUUUUCAUCAUGAUCACUACAAUGUUUCAGGUAACCAAAGGUGCGGCCUCAUGCUGUGAACAGUUAGGAAGCCUGUGAAAUGUGCUCGAACCAAACUCUGAGGAUUAAUGCAGUCAGGCUUAUUACAAAAGGCUCACAAAUCAAAGUAGUUACAUUGUCUAGUGUGUGUGUGUGUGUGUGUGUGUGUGUGUAUGUGUGUGUGUGUGUGUGUGUGUGUGUGUGUGUGUGAGUGCGCUCUGUUACCUGUGGCCUUAUCAAGGUAAACUGGAGGACAUACUCCUCUGGUUACACCUGAUAGCACCAGUCAGAGGUGAUUUUACCAGCAAGACCUAUAAGAGAACCCCCUGUUAGGAAACCAACCCCGGUGCAGCAGGUAAAAGGGACAAGAGGAAGUGAGGUGCAGCUGAGUAAUUUAUUGAACCAUUGUACCAAUGUCAAAGCUGAAACAGUGAAGUGUCUAACAUGGCAUUGAAGUGUCUAAUAAAAUCCCAUUUUGCUAUUA